UAGGUAUUCAGUGUACCGUAGUAUUGACAGAAGAACAUGCCAGAUUCGACUUCAGGCUGGGGAUCUAUUUUCCUGAAAUGCCUGCCAAGCCUUGCCUUGGGAACAAUAUGUUGGUGGCAAUGCUGGGAUACUGCAUCCGGGUCUCCUCGGAUCCCUAUCUUCACCACAGCCGCCAAGAAGCCAAAAAGUCCUGUUUUCACAUGUAACACGAAAUUGUACACGCAGGGACAUGAGCUUGGCUUUGCGGGCUCCAGCCAGUCGCCUCAAGAAUCCCUUUUACCGGUUCAGCGCGCACGAGAGCAGGCUACUGACCGAAAGGCCCCAAAUCAGACCUCAAUAUCGCCCACGUGCUUAUCUCUACUCCCAAAAUUUCCGGCCAAUUUCCCCAGAAGGCGGGGCUCGGUAUGCUGGAGACGGGCUAUUCACCUAGUUUUUUUUUUUUUUUUUUUUUUUUUUUUCGCCUGUAACGCAUCGAAGGGCUUGAUUUUUCGCCCGUGCGAUAGCCGAGCAAUGGCCGAGGCCAUUGGCUGCUUGGCUUCGAAGAUUGCAACACUUGUGCUGAUAAGAGACGAUCCCGCCGCCGGCUAAUGAAUUGGCAAGUUUCACGCCCAAAGGGGUGUACGGCAGAGAACGGCUAAUAGCGCUUUUCCGUGCUAUUACCUACAUUGCUACUGUACUCGUGGUAGCUGAUGGUCAGCGCCAGCCGAAAAGAAAAUU